CUUCCUUUAAUGUCCUGUCUGACCUUUCUGCUGAUAAGUAACUCAAUUCCAAAAUACUGUGUUGAUUCAUUUGUCCUUAGGUGUGAUCAGGAAAGACUGCAUGUACAUGAGUUCCUGGCAGAGCUACAAGUGUUUCGGGCUGAACUACAGGAUGCUGGUGAUUGAGAGUCUUGACUCUGACACAGAGACCAGACGUCUGUCCCCUGUCGCUGUGCUCGGAGAUGGCUUUGUAGAUCUGAUCAACGGUCCUCAGGAUCACGGUUGGUGUGCGGGCUACACCUGUCAGAAAAGAGUGUCUCUCUUUCACAGCAUCGUGGCCAUUGGACACUCCUUUGACGUCUUCUUCACCAGCGUCAGCCCUCAGAAACUUCGCCUCAUGAUGCUCAGUGCUGAACAAUCUGAGAGCAUCAUGGUGUCAGUCUUCUACUCCAAUCCACAGCGGUUGGAUGUGUAUGUUGACAACAAGCUGGUGGCUCCGACUAACGCUGACUGGAACGCUGCCAACACUGACUAUACCCUGAAGGAGCCCAUUUAUACAGAUCAAUAUGUUCCCCAACUGAAUGCCACUGUGGGCACUAACUAUUUCGACCAGGACUACAAAAUGCUGAAGAUUGUGCUGAGGGGCUCCACACCGGUGGAGAUUAGAACCUCCCCAGUUCUCGUCAUCUCCUUCAAUCUGCCCGCCAUGACCGAGGCAGAGUUCUUUGGAGAUAACCUGAUCCGCAACCUCGCUGC